UUUCACAGCCGCCAUUUCGUCUAGUCCUCUGGUGCGCAGUAAGGAGAAGUUGUUUUCUUUGGACUGUACAGAAGACGUCUUCCGCGUCCGGCAGCCGUGGUGGGAGCUGACCAGUUCAGAGGUUCAGGAACCCAGGCGGAUCUCUCUGGGGUCCGAUAACGAGCAGAUUGAGCCGACCUGUGAGACCGAGCUGCGCUCUCCUGCCUUCUGACGCGUCUCCCGUCGGCUGCGCAAAGGACGCUAAACCAUGCCGGCCUUUGACAACUGCCUUGUGGCCCUGGAGGUGAAGGACCUGCACAUCGGAGAGAAGAAGAAGUUAAAGGCUGCAAUAACAGACAAUGGGGGGAGCAUUGCUUUUGUCAUCAACAAGAAGUGCACCCAUGUCGUUGUCAGUAACCUGGACAGCGUGAGCUCCAACCGCCUGAAGAGCAUCCGCAGGUUCCAGGUGCCGGUGGUGGGGGUGGAGUACGUGUCUCAGUGCCUGGAACAGGGGAGACUGCUGGUGGUGGAAGGGUACUCUCCAGCUCUGCCACAUCCCCGUGACCCCCCUCGCACCCCAAAACUGACAGGUCAGCAGCCCAGAGAGCAGCCAAAAGACCUUCCGGAGCAGAAUGAGGAAGAGAAGGCUGAGGAAGGCCCAACACUAGGCCAUUUCAGGGUUUAUGGUGAGAAUGAGAAAGGCUUGCCGACAUACCCAGAAGAUUUCCAGGUGGCCAAGUAUUCUGUUUUUGACAAGGGGGACGGUGUGGCCGUGGUGGAGCUGCAGUGCUGUGCGGGGAACCCAGAGCUGCCGUUCCGCGUCGCUCGGCGGGAGGGGGAGCGCUGCAGCAGCCAGGUCCUGAAGACCAGAGGAGACCUGAUAUUCACUGCCACGUCAGAAGCUGCCCUGCAGGCCUACGAGCUGGUGACGAGGGAGCUGACAGCUCGGGGCUUCAGGGAGCUCCAGGAUCCCAUUGGGGAAGCUCGCUUUCUGGGCUCGGAGAAACUCCAGGAGCUGCUCCUGGAGGAGAGUCUGAACAGCAGCACCAUCCCCCGGGAGGUGGGGGAGUUUGUGGAGCUGCUCUGGACGGAGGCCCUGGGCUGCCUUGGCGACGUGCUUGCCACCCCCGUCUCUGCCAUCAGCCCUGGGGAUGUCAGCAGAGCUGAGGGCGCCCUGCUGCAGGUGCACAAGGCUCUGAGCGCUGGGGCCGGUCACAGCGAGCUGGCUGCCCUCAUGGCCGAGUUCUACAGAGCCCUGCCCCACAAGGACCCUGCCCGCCCCACCCCCACGGCCAAGAUCCUCUCUCAGAAAAGAGACCUCUGCCAGCUCAUCAGGGACAUCGUCAGUGUGAGUGAGGCCACGCUAUGGAGCUCCACGCCCUCCUCUCUGGCCAAAUACCGAGCCUUGCGGUGCAGCAUGGAGCAGGUGCACCCUGGCAGUGCCGAGUUCUCAGCCGUGGAGAAGCUGCUCCACGACAGUUCCAGGCCAGUGCAGAUCAAGAAGGCGCUGCGCGUCUGCAGGGCGGCGGAGCUGCAGAGCUUCCGGAGACAGCUGGGGAACGUGCGCCCGCUGCUCCACGCCUCCGCGCCCGGCAGCUUCGUGGGCAUCCUGUCCAGGGGCCUGCUGCUGCCGAAGACGGGUGUGGAGCAACAUGGGAUUGAGAGGACCGAUGCUGGGACCCUGGGCAGUGGCAUUUACUUCAGUGACGCGGUCAGCACCAGUAUGAAGUACUCGAAGCCCAGCGCCGCUGAUGGCACGCGUGUCCUGGCGGUGUGCGACGUGGCUCUGGGUCAGUGCAAGGAGCUGGUGAAGAGGGACUUCAGGCUGGUGUCGGCACCCGAGGGCUACCACAGCGUGCACGGAGUCAGACGGACCCCGCGUGGCCCUUCCGACUUCGAGGAUGAUGAGUAUGUGGUGUACGAUACGAACCAGGUCCAGCUGAAGUACGUCGUCCAGUUCUCGGCGUGCGAUGACCAGGUCAAGGAGUUUGAGCCCUCUGUUGAUGUUUCCGCUCAGCAGCUGGAGCAGCUGGAGCAGCCUCUGACCUUCGACACAGUGUCUGAGCGCGAAGCAGACGGCCCCGGGGAGUACAGGGACCCGCUGCGGGAGGUGACCGUCGGUCUGCAGGACAGCGCUGGCCGGCCCCUCCUCCUGCAGCGCGUGCACGUCAAGGGCAAAGUGAUGGACCUCCUAGCGCAGGUCGUGGUUUUUCAGACCUACACCAACCACAGCGCUGUUCCCAUAGAGGCCAAGUACGUGUUCCCCCUGGAUGAGUCGGCAGCGGUUUGUGGGUUUGAGGCCUUCAUUAACGGGAAGCACGUGGUGGGAGAGGUGAAAGAAAAGGAGCAAGCUCGGAGAGAAUACAGAGAGGCCAUUGAGAAGGGGCACGGAGCUUACCUCAUGGACCAGGAGGCGCCUGAUGUGUUCACUAUAAGUGUUGGCAACCUCCCUCCGGAGUCCACGGUGCUGAUCAAAAUCACCUACGUGGCAGAGCUCACCGUCAGCCACGGCGACAUCACCUUCCGCCUGCCGGGCAGCGUGGCGCCGUGGCAACAGAGCCACGCCCUCACCCAAAGGACCCAGGACACAGUGGGCAAGGUUGCUGUGAAUGAGGUAGAGAGCGAGAGGUGUUUUGCCCUGGACAUGUCAGUUGAAAUGCCCUACGAGAUCACAGACAUCCGCUCUGUAACACACCAGAUCGAAAUCAAGAAAACGCAGUGCAAGGCUGUGAUCAGCACAGAGGGAGGCAGCUCUCUGGGGGCCGAUGGCUUCCUUCUGUCCAUCACCUUGGCUGAGAUGCACCUGCCCCGAAUGUGGGUGGAGAAUCACCCGGAGAAAGACAGCCAGGCGUGCAUGCUGGUGUUUUAUCCCGAGUUCGAAUCCAGCGGUGAGGUGGGCGCCGGCGAGGUUGUUAUUGUCCUGGACUCUUCCAAUUCCAUGAGGGGUUCGGCACUACAGGACGCCAGGAAAAUUGCUCUGCUGGUGCUGAAAGCCCUGAGCUGCAAAGUUAACGUGCUCUUCUUUGGUACAGACUAUAAGGAAUUGUUCCUCUGCUCCCAGGACUGUAAAUCUUCCUUUGAAGCUGCCAAGAAGUUUAUUAUGACCAAUCCACCAGCGGGGGGCGGCACUGAGCUCUGGAGGCCGCUACGCACUUUCAGCCUCCUGGCUCCCUCCCGAGGCGUCAGGAACCUCCUCCUGAUUUCCGACGGACACGUGCAGAACGAGGGGCUCACCCUGCAGCUGGCCAGGGAGAAUGUCCCACACACCAGAGUCUUCACGUGUGGCGUCAGGUCCGCAGCCAACAGGCACAUGCUGAGAUCCCUGGCUCGGGCCGGAGGCGGAGCCCACGAGUUCUUCGACGCAAAGACCAAGCACACCUGGCAGGAGAAGGUGACGGCCCAGGUGAAGCGCAUGGCCUCUCCGGGCUGCAGCUCGGUGUCGGUGAAGUGGCAGCAGUUCCGCUCCGGAGCGCCCCCUCCUGUCCAGGCCCCUGCGCAGCUGCUCUCUCUCUUCAGCGACUGCCGCCUCCUCGUCUACGGGUUCGUGCCGCACUGCACAAGGGCCACUCUGACGGGCAAGGUGAGCGAUCGGGAGAUCGAGACCACGGUCGCCACCACAGAGCUCCAGAAGACCAAAGGCACGCUGCUGCACACACUCGCGGCGAGAGCGGUCAUCAGAGACUACGAAGAGGGGAGCCUCCACGCGGAAGAAUCGGAGCACGAGGCGAGGAAAGCAGAGUUAAAAUCGUACAUCAUUGGCCUGAGCAAAGAGUACUCAGUCGUGACGCAGUUCACCAGCUUCGUCGCCAUUGAAGAAAGGGAUGAAGAAAAGCAAGAAUUUGGUUCUACAGACAUAGAGGAGCUGAUUGCAAUGGAAGAUGUGGACUGUCUGCCUUACUUGGAGUGGGAGAGUCGAAACCAGGGUUCUAACCAGGAAAAUGAGGAGGAAGACGAAGAAGAGAUGGACAGAGAAGACCAUGUGCUUCAGUCUCAUUCUUUGUCUGAAUCUCAUUAUGAAUGUGCCGAAUAUACAUUUCUGCACAUGCCUCUGUUUGAGCAGAGUGAAGCCCAGCUGAACGUUCCCUAUAUAAAACCUACAUUUUCGUGUGUGACCUCCAUGGCCCAGUCUCCUUCCCCGCCUGUCGCUGCGCCGCAGUGCUCUACAGCGGGCUUCCUCUUUUCUGCUUCAAGCUUCCACCCCCCUGCAGCACCC